GCCUCUUUCACCAUUUGGAACAUCAACAGCACAACCUAAGGAACACCUCUAACUAAGGAGUGCAGGAUGACGUCGGUAUCAACCAUCACAAACAGCCGGAACAUCAUCCAAGCCACAGCAGCUCUAGAGCGAGACAUGCAAGCGUGGGACCUCACAGACUCUCCAGACUCCCCACCUCCACCAGCGUUGCUAAUCCACACACCAACACCUCCUCCCCCCUCUCCACAGUUGCUGCAGGAUCCUACAGGAUCAGGUCUGUGUAAGGAAACCGUUAUUGACAUCAAGCUUGCAACCCAUCACCUGGUUAUGUUGGCGCUAAAGGCCUUUCUACAGGAAACAUGCUACGGAUGUCGAACAGCUCAACCCAGUCAGGUGCAACACAGCUGUUUGCUCGAACUGCCCGAGUAUUACUUUGACACCUACUACGACGAUGUGAUGCUGAGGCUCAAGACAUUCCGAUUCAUCCCCGCCAUACGCCUGUUUGUACGCGCAUACACAAACGAUGGGACUAAAACACAAUUCAGCAGGAUUGCAGAACACACCAUGACUGAACUGAGAUCAUCACAACAUAUAGUAUGUGCAAUUAACGACAAUAUUGCUAGGCUGAUAGAAGCAAGUAGUUAUGCCCGUUGUGUUAAACCAGCCAUGCUUCGCAUGAUUGGUAACUACUGGGUUGGGAGAUACCUGGUUUAAUGUAUGCUGUUCAGUAUUCAUUGUCUGUGUGAAUGAAAUAAAAGACAUGUUAACACCAACAUCCUAGUCACGGGCGGUCGACUUUGCUUAUACAAUAGAGAAAAGCAACAAUACAGCGUGUUUCUCUGCUCCAAGAAAUCCGAGGGCCUUUCACAAGGUAGUGUAAGGAGUAGGAGAAUAUUUUUAUUGCUAUUUUUAUAAUCAGUAUUACCAUUCCAUUUAUUAUUAAUAUUGAUAUUACAUUCAGAUGUUUAAACAGUGUGUGUGUCUUUCGGUGUGUGAAAGACUAGGUUGCAGGCUGACAGGAAACCGCGGGUUUGCAGAGCAUGCUUUGCAGAAGUGAAACUGAAAGCAGAGUCAGAUUGUAAGGUGUUCUGAGCAGGCUGUUUUAUUAGGCAUUAAGAUCUCUGAGUAAGCUUUGAUUAAAGCUUUAAGGGGUUGUGUUAGAUGGGAACAUUUGUUUUAUACAUUUUACAUAUAAGUCAAGAUCGGUACACACAGGAUGGCCUUAGCCUGGUUGCCUAAGUUGAGGUUAGACAUACAGACACAUAUAGUUAGAGAGGUCAAAUAAGGUGCAGAGCGAGAGCGCACACACAGGAUUAGACUCAUUUUAGUGGGUAAGAGGUUGAGAUGUGUUUUGCUUAAGUUUGCAAAGUUUGGGUGCGUACGUGUUAGUCUGUUCCAGGAAGUACACCAGAUGUCCCGGAGAUAAGCGACACCGAAGCUGGGGGAAACACCUGGGUUCGAGUUGAAGACGAUGUUCUUUAAACUAUGUCAAAAGUUAGCUGAACAUUUGUGGUUUAGAUUGACGUAUGCUGUAUUGUGUCUGAGAGAAGGGGGCUGUACUAUUCUUACCCCUAUAAAGCUUUGGUUUUGACUAUUGAAAGACAGUUCAAUCACUGAGUCUGCACAGGGUUGAACUCCACAUGUGUAUUCAUUAAAAUGUCGUCUAAUAGCACCCGGCAGGAUCAGUGGUCAUUAUUUUUGGUCUUCCUCCUCAAUUUCUGGACCCUAACAUUUGGGGGCAUCGUCCGGUGAGAGAGAGGGAUGGUUUUGGUGUAGACGGAGAGAUCCGGGGUCCGUGGUGAUUAGACGGACAGAUACGAGUCAGUGGUUGAAAGUGAGAGACAAGCCGGCUUAUCCAGAGGUAAGGAACAUACCUGUUGAAUUUUCCAAAGUGUGCCAGAUUGGACAUGACAAAAUUAAAGUCUACUCACUGGAAAUUACUGGUGAAUGU